GGUGUUAGCAUAGGAACUUCCAACAGACAACCUGAAGUUUAGGAUUCUCUGAUGUUUGAUUAAAAUUAGCAGGUGAUAGCUAUUAACCCGGGAAGUACAGACUAUUAAUUCCUAGUUAUUAUAUUACUUUAUGGAAGUUAUAAUUUUGUGUUCAUUUUAAAUGGUGUACUAUAAUUUGUUAAAUGCCUACUUUGUGGAAGUUUAUGUUUAUGUUUAUGUUUGCGUGUUUAUGUUUCAAGACAACCUAAUUUAAGUGAAUACUGGAAAGAAAGUAGAGCGAUCAGAAAAAAAACCCAAUACACUGUAGGAGGACAUUAAAUUUUAUGGAUGAGCUAAAGUGUCAGAACCGGAAGUCAAUUAGAAGACAACAUAUUAUUGGCUACUUACACUUUAAAAUAUUGUUGAUGAAAAAUGCAAAAAAUGAAGACUUAUUGAGUAUUUGAUUCUAUUCCUUGGCGCCUUAUAACAAACUAUGAUCAGUAUUCUGUAGGCAAUAAUAUUUUAACGGAUAACUUUACAGCGAGGAAUUGAAUUUUGAAUAGGUGCUGAUCUUGUUUCUACUAAUGAUGACAACAUGAAGUGUGUACAAAGAAAUCAUACAAAUACAAGGUUUUAUUGUGAAUUAUAUUCUUGUUAGACUCUAACAGUACAUGGUAAAACACGAUAAAGUGUAAAUUAGUUAAGUAAUUACAUAUCUCCUAGUGUUCAUAGACAAACAUAGCCACACUGCUUUACUCGUACGUGUACAAGUACGAAGUUUUGUGCGGUACUGUGCUUUACAGUACCUAGCACCAAACGUAUGUAGGUGCUAAAUGAUCAGUUCAAUAAAGUAGUAACAACUGAAUUAUCCGUUUUCAAGCUUCCAUAGACCAAGCGAUACCUGCUGCCUUUGUUGUAUUGUUAUAAUACGGAUUACUUACACGUAAGCUAUACUUUAACAAUAAUUUUUCUAUGCAUCCAAUGUAUCCCGGUUUGGAUUGGAAUAAAAUAAUACUCUGUAUAUAAGAGACCUGGACAUUAAAUAAUCAAACCCAAACACGCGCUCGGAUAUUACAUAGUAAAAUAGCGGGUAAGCAAUUAUUCUGGUAGGAGUUCUUCUCCAGAGAAAAAAAUAUUUGAGUGUUUUUCGUUGCGCCAAGAGAACAAACACACACACACACACAAACUACUUUGCGAGUGAAAAUUGAGACUCGACGUUUUUAUUCUUGGAACAGAUGUGCAAAUGGACUUUAGGACAAAAUCAACAAACGUCGUUUCAGGUUUCUGUAAAAAAAAAACAUUCUCAUUGGAAUUUGCCGGAGGAAAAUGGUGUGACGGUUUUUUUCUAAAAACUGUAAUCGCUUGUCAAAUACGAUUGGUUAUUUUCGCAAAUCAAGAAAGACGAUCCAAAAUUGAAAAGUUCAUAGAAUUGGUCUGGCGGGAGAAAGCGCCGAAUUAUAAUGACCGAAAAUAGUUGAUAUGUGGUGCAAAUCCUCUACAAACUUAAUGGUGUUUCUAACCAACGGUUACUACUUGGAUUUAUUUUAUCAAUGUUUCAAGGGAUAUGUUCAAUUCUAUAAACUAUGUUCAGUGUGCAAAUCUCGGAUUAGCAGUCUAGUUCGUAUGUCGAGCAGAUCAUCUACAGUGAACGGCAGUUCGCACUCCAAAUUCAGGAAAUAUUCACAUUUUGUUUCUCCCAGGUUGCCCCGCUCGAAGGAUUACAUGCAAAAUUUUACAGAAAAUAUAUCCGACCCUUUCCAAGUGACGGAUGUGUACAAUAAUAUAUCAGAUGAUUAUAACGCUACAGGUGGCGACGAUGUGAUCGAUUAUGAGUUAAAACAUCCUAGCAUUGGCAUCAUAUUGGCUUUCUUCAGUUUUAUAACUAUUGUCGGAAAUAUAAUGGUAAUGAUAGCCGUGUACAAAGAGAUAUAUCUGCGAACAGUGACCAACUAUUUUAUUGUUUCCUUGGCAGUGGCCGACUUAAUGGUUGGUGGUAUUGUUAUGCCCUUUAGUAUCAGCCACGAAAUGACCAAUCAGAUCUGGCUUUACGGACCAGCAUGGUGUGAUUUGUGGCAUUCAUUAGAUGUACUCGCAUCCUCGGCUUCCAUUUUAAAUCUCUGUGUGAUCUCAUUAGAUAGGUAUUGGGCAAUCACGGAUCCGAUCGCUUAUCCAUCGAAAAUGUCUACAUGUAAAGUGUGCAUGUUGAUAACUCUGGUGUGGCUGUGUUCUGCUGGGAUAUCGUUCCCUGCCAUUGCGUGGUGGAAGGCGGUAACACCGUCAGAUUUACCGGAACAUAAGUGCCUAUUUACUGAAGAUACGGCGUAUCUUAUUUUCUCCUCUCUCGUCUCCUUCUACUUCCCUACUAUAAUAAUGAUGUUUGUGUAUUGUAAAAUAUAUAGAGCAGCAGCCGCUCAAACGAGGGGACUCAAAUCCGGGUGCAAAGUGACUUCAAAUGGUCUUCGUGGUGACGGCGAAGUUAUGACAUUGCGCAUGCAUCGAGGUGGCAUGAGACGUCUCCAUGACGAUUAUAACUUUCCAUCGGCUAGUGAGAGUGACGAAAGUCCAGCACACCCAUUACAAGAAAACAAAGAAAAUGGACAAAAUCAUGGUUCUAGACAACAUGGAAAGUUUUUAACAAAGCGCUUACGAAACUUUGCUCUUAGUAAAAAACUAAGUAAAAUAGCACGGGAACAAAAAGCGGCAAAAACACUGGGUAUUGUUGUUGGUGUAUUUAUAAUGUGUUGGCUUCCAUUCUUCAUAUCUAAUGUGUUAUUUGGUAUAUGUAAUCAUUGUAUCAGUUCGCCUGAUCUACUGUUUUCCAUUUUUACAUGGCUCGGCUAUAUUAACUCGGGUAUAAACCCUAUUAUAUAUGCAUUAUCAAUGCGAGACUUUCGUCGAGCUUUUGGUAAGAUGCUUUUUGUAUGUUGUCCAAAAUACCGGGUAAAAAAUAGACGCCGGCAUCCAAACCAAGGAAGCAUGUCGAGUUCGAGUUUUUCAGUUAAUUGUGGAGACAGAUGUGUUGCUUUGAAAAUCUGACUAUGUGAUUAAUUUAUUUCAAACGAACGUUAUAAUCCGAUGAAUUUAUUUCUGAUUAAUUUAUUUCAAACGAACGUUAUAAUCCGAUUAAUUUAUUUCACGAACUUAAAAAUAAUAUCAUUAAUGUAUUCUGUAUAGUUUUAAACUACUAAAACAUUUUCAAAUUUAUUUUGUUCU